AUGUCUCCAGACGCAUUGUGUCUAUAUAGCCUGCCGAACGAGAUUUUGGUCUCUAUCCUUUCCGGCUUCGAAACCCAGACUCUCCUUCCCUUGGCGGUGGUGUCGCGCCGCUUCCAUUCGAUCAUCCUCCGCAUCAUACACUUCCGUCUUCUCCUUGCAGUGGUGUCAGACUACAAAGUCUUUCUCGAAGCAUACCACCCCAGUACGAGACACAGUGACCCAUCUCUGUUCUGCUCGUAUCUUGGGACGGAUGGACUCAGUGCUAAGCACGAGGGCGAGGGGAGCCUAUACGAAGAUUGCGCCAGCGAAAAAGGGCGGUUUGCCAAAUUAGGGGCGCUAUAUAGUCGAUUCAGCCCCGAUAGACUGGGCAUGCAAGGCUUAGGAGGCUCACUUCUUGGCUGGCGAGUGGCUACCGGAGCUCCUGACCAAGCGACACCUAAUCCCACCCAGCCGAGCUACGCUGAAGGCGAUGAUGGAAGCAUGAAGGUUCUGCACAACUUGAACCUUGACGCUGAUGAGUUGUUCGUCCAGUUCUGCGCAUAUGCAACUCUUAUCAAAGUCGGUGAACGCCGAGCAAGUUUCUUCAGCGAACCAAAACUUGUCCAGUCGGGGCAGGGGGUUAUGAGGGUGUGGAAGCAAUGGCUUCAAGAUCGCGCCUGUGCGCUGUGGGAACAAGAGCAAGGCCAAGAUCAAACACCUGAGGUCAGGUUGGAUCGGCCCUCAACGACGAGCUGUCCUUCCAUUGGUUCAGACAAAAACAUACUCUGGACAGAUUACAGGAAGAAUGUUGGGCUGCGGGUAGCAGUACGCGACCGAGAGGGACUAUGUUAUGGGAAAGCCGCUUUCGAGCUCGAUGAUGUGCCCAUGAGUUUUUCGCUGGAAAUCCAAGAGCUUGUCGUGCGGACGACACAUCUCAUGCUUGUGGUAGAGACAGCAACGAAAGAUACGCGCAAACGAUCAGGUAAAGCUCUUGUUUUCGGCAGAUUUGCCAGCGUCUCCUCGUCGCCGGAGAUAUGA